AGACCGCGUAAGUUAAAAUUUCGUCUGGAGAGAGAGGCGUUUUCUUGUACCCUCAAACCCUAACCUUUCCUCUUUUUCCUUCAAUUUCUACUUCCUCUUUCCCAAAAUACAGACAAACAGAGGCGCAAAUACAUAAAAUUACAAAAUGGCAGAGGCAGCUUUGAAUAUGAGCUUAGACGAUCUCAUCAAGAAGAAUAAAACCGGUACCGGAGGUAAACCUCGCGGCAGAGGUCGUGGGGGCGCCUCCGGUCCUGGUCCUGCUCGCCGAUUCCCCAAUCGUUCAGCUAACCGAGCUGCACCUUAUUCCACCGCCAAGGCUCCUGAGGCGGCGUGGAAUCAUGAUAUGUUCGCGGCGGCAGAUCAAGCUUUCCCCUUUGGACAAGCCGGUGUUGGUCAGGCGGCGUCUUCCAUAUCGACUGGGACAAAGCUCUACAUCUCCAAUCUUGAUUACGGCGUCUCCAAUGAGGAUAUCAAGGAGCUCUUCUCAGAAGCUGGUGACCUGAAACGCUAUGCUAUACAUUAUGAUAGGAGCGGGAGAUCGAAGGGAACGGCAGAGGUGGUCUUCUCGCGUAGACAAGAUGCACUAGCUGCCGUUAAGAGGUACAGCAACGUUCAGCUUGAUGGGAAGCCAAUGAAGAUUGAAAUUGUUGGGACCAACAUUGCCACUCCCACUGCCCCUGCUUUCAAUGGUGCUUUUGGUUUUGGAGACGCUAAUGGAGGUCCCAGAAGUGGUCAAGCAAGAGGUGGUGGCUUUGGGAGGUCACGGGGUGGUAGAGGACGCGGUCGCGGAUUUCGAGGAGGCAGCAGGGGACGGGGAAGAGGAGAUCGUGGAGAAAAGGUAUCUGCAGAAGAUCUAGAUGCUGAUCUGAUGAAGUAUCAUUCAGAAGCAAUGCAGACAAACUGAUGGGUCCGGUAGCAAUGUUUGCCUCUACAUCCAGUGCCUAGUGCAGCCAGACUUUCUGUACUUUAGUGUUCUUCUCUUUUCAAGUUGCAAGAAAGAAAGUACUUAUAGGAAGAUUUGAAUAUUUGCUGUAUGGGAAUUGAGCUUCUUCUUUAUUUGUUCCCUUGAUUUGGAUUUGUGCUUGGGUGGAGUGAUUUGUGUAUUCUACCAACUCUUUAGUUUAUUUAAGAGGUGGACGAUUAGAGUGGAAA